GCUUGCCUAUUAAAUCUCCCUUGAUCGCACUCACACUUCACACAACUUCACCAUAACAGUGCCCAUCACCUGUUUGUUUCUUUGUCUCGCUGACCCAGAUGGCUAUCUCGACGAGGGUAUGUUGUUUGGUGGUGUUUGGUAUGGUUUUAGGGGUUGGUUUAGGGCAAAAUGUAGACCCAGUUGGGCCAGAUGAGGGAGGGAGAAGAGAAAUGGUGCCUGCUAUGUUCAUAUUUGGAGAUUCUCUUAUUGAUAAUGGGAAUAACAAUGAUCUUCCUUCUUUUGCUAAGGCUAACUAUUUUCCUUAUGGUAUUGACUUCAAUGGAGGUCCUACUGGUCGUUUCUCCAAUGGCUACACCAUGGUUGACGAAAUAGCUGAGCUACUAGGACUUCCACUGAUUCCUCCAUACUCUGAGGCGUCUGGAGAUGAUGUACGUCAUGGAUUAAACUAUGCCUCUGCUGCUGCCGGAAUCCUCGACAUCACCGGCAGAAACUUUGUGAGUCGCAUUCCAUUUAAUCAACAGAUAAAGAACUUCCAGAAUACACUAGAUCAGAUCACAGAUAAUCUUGGGGCAAUUGAUGUGGCUAAAGCAAUUGGAAAUAGCAUAUUCUUUGUGGGAAUGGGAAGUAAUGACUACCUGAAUAACUAUCUCAUGCCCAACUACCCCACCAAAAAUCAGUACAAUGCACAACAGUAUGCAGAUCUCUUAGUUCAACAAUACACUCAGCAACUCCAGACUCUUUACAAUCUCGGAGCAAGGAAGUUUAUACUUGCAGGGUUAGGGAUAAUGGGAUGCAUCCCGAGCAUUUUAGCACAGAACCCUGAAGGACUCUGCUCUGAAGAGGUCAAUCAACUUGUUCUACCCUUCAAUGAAAAUGUGAAGACUAUGAUGAACAACUUCAAUGCCAAUCUCCCAGGUGCAAGACUUAUUUACAUUGACGUUGCCCGAAUGUUUCGAGAUAUCCUCACCAACUCUGCAGCUUAUGGAUUUAGUGUAGUAAACCGUGGAUGCUGUGGCAUAGGGAGAAACAGAGGACAGGUAACGUGUCUUCCAUUUCAGACACCUUGUCCGAACAGGGAACAGUAUAUCUUCUGGGAUGCAUUUCACCCAACAGAAGCUGUGAACAUCUUAAUGGGAAGAAAGGCUUUCAAUGGGGACACCAGCAUUGUGUAUCCUAUUAACAUAGAGCAGCUUGCCAAUCUUGAACUCGAGUCCAACUGAUAUGAGAAGAGAAAAGAGACAGAGAGAGAAAGAGAGAGAGGGGUUCUUGCAUGGCGAUCUGUAUAAGCCUUUUAUAUAAAAGCAUUUUCUUUGCAGAAAUUUCAUUUUGACGUUUUCUA